ACACAUCGCUCCACUCAGCGAAGCUGUCAGCUCGUGGAGUUCACGUCGUGUUCGGGCCGGGUCCCAUUUUGGACCAAACCCGUUCCUAACUCGGUCCGAAUCCGGAUCUCAGCCCGGGCGCAGCGCGCUCCGCUCCGCGCACGAUGCGCUCAGCUGCGCUCCGGUUGUGCCCCGUUCUACUGCUGCUCUUCGCGGAGGUUCAGUUGGGAUCUGCUGCAGCAGUGAAGAAGAGGGCAGACAGGUCAGACCUCCAGAAGCCAGACCUCUACAGAAGGAAGUGUCCUAUGGGCACCUAUGAGGCAAAUGACUCCAUCUAGUGCCUCCCAUGUAAGAAAGACGAGUACACCGAGUAUCCAAAUGACUUUCCCAAGUGCCUGGGCUGCCGGACGUGUAGGGAAGACCAGGUGGAGGUGAGUCCCUGCAUCCCCACCAGGAACACGCAGUGCGCUUGCAAGAACGGCACCUUCUGCUUACCUGACCACCCCUGUGAGAUGUGCCAAAAGUGCCAGACCGAGUGCCCCAAAGGACAAGUGAGGUUAGCUCCGUGCACGCAACACAGCGACCUGCUGUGCGGUCCACCCUUGGAAAUCUCCUCCAGCUCCUCCACUUUAUGGAUCAUCAUCACCUUCACUGUGCUGCUGGCUGUGAUCCUGGGGCUCGUGCUGGUGUUCUGGAAGAGGUGCUCCUCCAGACACCACGGUGCAGGGGAUGAUGGAGAGCUGAGCUGGAAGCCCAGCGCCGUGGUGAACAGACUGUUGCAGCGGCUGGGGAUUCAGGACAACAGAUGCAAUGAGCAGAUCUACCAGAACCAGCAGCAGCAGGAGCUGCUUUUCACAGCGCAGGGCUCAGAGGUUCCCCAUGGUGUGGAGAUGGAGGGGACGGAACGAAGAACCCCAGAUCCCAAAGUGGAAACCCAGAGGAAGCUGGUUCCAGUGCUAGGAGAGAACCCCAUAGCCCUUUUGCAUCGCUCUUUCAACACCUUUGUCGACUAUGUGCCCUUCCCGGAAUGGAAGAGAUUUGGCCGAGCCCUCGACCUGCAGGAAAACGACCUUUAUCUGGCAGAGCAGCACGACAGGGUCUCAUGUGAGCCGUUCUAUCAGAUGCUCAACACGUGGCUCAACCAACAGGGCAGCAAAGCCUCUGUGAAUACGCUGCUGGAGACCCUGCCCCGCAUCGGCCUCAGCGGCGUGGCAGACAUAAUUGCAUCCGAACUCAUUAGCAAGGGCUAUUUCCAGUACGAGGUGAGCUGAGGGGCACGGCCAGCCCCGCGUCUCCCCGGCUGGAGCUGAAGAUGUGAAUUCCUUUGAGAACCCUUAUCUUGAUCUCUGUGACAGUGCUCUCGUGGCUCCUUUCUCCCUGAGCCAUCGCACAGUUCAGCUGAGCCUGGAGGAGUGGAUCCCAUUGGGAAGCAAUUGGGGUCUUCUCUGCCACACUCAGCGUUGGUGCUGCCUUAUGGAAGCCAAGCGAGUGCCUUGAUUUCAUCUGGCCAACGCAAUGAGCCAAAAGGUCUUCCAAACUGCCUUUGAGAUCAUCUGAUUUGCAAGCACUGAUUUCAUACAGACCUCGGUGCAGAGCUGCACCUUUGCUUGGUGCAGGCACUCACUGGUUCGAACUGGAUCCACGUUUUGAAGCUUUUUAUUACUUUUUUUUAGUGAUAUUUCUGCUUGUAGAACAUCUCCGAGCGCACCGUCAUGCUUAGCACUGCAUGCCUGGUGGGCGAGCAUCUCUGGGACUCCUGGGUUACCCCCUACAGUCUAUUUAGAGUUGCAUUCGUAGCUAGUUCUGCUUGCCCUUAGGAGUAGACACAAGAGUAUAGCAGUGGGGUUGGUGAUCUCCAAGGUCCCUUCCAACCCAAGCCCACCAUUGUACGACUGUAGGCGAUGCGGGCGCGAUCCAUCGGCGCCGAGGCUGCCCUAAUAGGGCUGGUGGAGGCUGGGUCGGUUCAUUCCCAUUGCCAGGGCUCCUCCACCUCCAGGGACAGCACACAGCUCAGGGAUGAGGUGUUGCAGCCCUCCUGCACGCCUUGGCUGGGUGAUGGUGCUGCAGUCCAACCCCGGGAGCUCCCCCUGUGCGGGCGCAGGGUUGUGGGGAGCCCCUCUGCACCCCUCUCCGUCCUCUCCACCCCUGUGCCAAAUACCAGCAGAACUUUUGUAUUUAUGUAUUUAUUAAUUGUAAACACGUACAUUGCAUUAACUUAAAAUAUAAUAUAAAAAUAGCUGUUUUUUUUUUUUUUUUUAAUUUUUUCUUUUUGUACUAUGCGUGACGGUGUGUUUUUAUACAGAGCUCUGGCCCAGCCAGUUAGUUUUAUCCAGUUUUUUUUUUUUUUACAUGUGUCUUUAUGAAGAAUAAACUUAAAAACAACAAUCC